GCACUGGCACUGUGACUCGACCCAGCGGCCAAGGCACGUCCCGGGGCGGCAUACCCCGAAAUUGGCAGCGUUACUGUGGCUGUGAUACCGGGAGAGGAGUGUCGCGGGUGUUUCCGCUCUGGCCAAGCCGUGGGCGUGUUUAUGAAAGCGCUGCUGUGGUCUGGUCGCUCUUGUUCUGCUGGCAGUUCACUUCACAUCGUGGAAACCCAAAAGCAGGCGUGUGGGCUGCGCGCACGGGGUAGCGCAGGAGGAAGAGGAGGGCGAGGAGGAUGCUGGCGCCGCUGCUGCUGCUGCUGCUGGCUGUGCCACUGUGGCAGGCGGCAGAGCUGCGGCUGGGGCUGCGGGGCAGCCCCCGUGGGACGGUGAGCCCAGCCUUCCUCUCCCUCACCCUGGACGCCAGCCUGGCCCGCGAGCCGCGCUUCAUCACCUUGCUCAGCAACCCCAAGCUGCACACCCUGGCCAGAGGGCUCUCCCCCGGAUUCCUGAGGUUCGGUGGCACCAGCACGGAUUUCCUCAUCUUCGAUCCCCACAAGGAUUCGACUUUGGAGGAGAAAAUCCUCUCAGAACUCCAGGCUGAGGAAGGUGCCUGUGGAGCACAGCCUGGCUUCGCUGCGGUGCAGGAGCUGCUGCUCGCCCAGUGGCCAGGCCAGGAGAAGUUGCUCCUCACAGAGCAUUCCCGGAAGAAGCACAAAAACACCACCAUUACAGGGCACACGCUGGACAUCCUCCAUGGCUUCGCCAACUGCUCAGGCUUCCACCUGGUGUUUGGGCUCAAUGCCCUGCUGCGGCGGCAUGGCCGGGAGUGGGACAGCUCCAACGCCGGGCAGCUGCUGGGCUACUGCGCCCGGCGCAGCUACAACCUCUCCUGGGAGCUGGGCAAUGAGCCCAACAGCUUCAAGAAGAAGUCGGGCAUCUACAUUGACGGCUCCCAGCUAGGGCGGGAUUUCAUCCACCUGCGCCGGCUCCUGAGCCAGCAUCCCCUGUACCGGCACGCCAAGCUGUACGGCCCUGACGUGGGGCAGCCCCGCAAGCACACCCAGCGCCUACUCAGGAGCUUCCUGAAAUCCGGAGGGAAGGUGAUCGACUCCGUCACCUGGCACCAUUACUACGUGGAUGGACGAAGCGCCACGAGGGAGGAUUUCUUGAGCCCCACAGUGCUGGACACCUUUGCCACAGCUGUGCGCGAUGUCCUGGAGAUCGUGGCUGCGACAGUGCCCGGCAAGAAGGUUUGGCUGGGUGAGACCAGCUCGGCGUAUGGCGGGGGAGCCCCCCAGCUCUCCAACACCUACCUGGCCGGCUUCAUGUGGCUGGACAAACUGGGGCUCGCGGCCAGGCAGGGGAUCGACGUGGUGAUGAGGCAGGUUUUCUUCGGGGCCGGCAGCUAUCACCUGGUGGACGCCAGCUUUGAGCCCUUGCCAGACUAUUGGCUGUCGCUGCUGUACAAGAGGCUGGUGGGCACCAGAGUGCUGGAGGCCAGCGUGACAGGAGCAGACGCACGGCGCCUGCGGGUCUACCUGCACUGCACCAACCCCCAGCACCCCAAGUACCGGGAGGGGGACGUGACGCUGUUUGCCUUGAACCUCUACAACGUGAGCCAGAACUUGCAGCUACCCAAGCAGUUGUGGAGCAAGCGGGUGGACCAGUACCUCCUGCUGCCCCACGGCAAGGAGAGCAUCCUGUCCAGAGCCAGGGAUGCCACUGGCGAGCCUGGCUGCAACGUUGCACGGGUGCCUCGGCAGGAGGGUGCAGCUGAACGGCCGCCUGCUGCAGAUGGUGGACAAGGAGACGCUGCCCACGCUCCACGAGGCCGCCCUGGCCCCCGGCAGCGCGCUUGGCCUGCCCGCCUUCUCCUACGGCUUCUACGUGAUCAGAAACGCCAAGGCAAUCGCGUGCAUCUAAGUGCGCAGGGGGCACAGGACCUGUCGGGACGCUCAGUGCGGUGCCACACGUUUUUCCUCGGCUGGGAGGCCGCCGUCACAAGAUGGAGCUGUGGCCCCACGUUCUCCAGAGCCUUUGCUUUGCUUUGUUUGCUCGCACACAGCGAGGUUUUGCUCAACAUCGUCAGCACCCUGCGAACCUGAGAGCUCAGCAGGCUGAAAACACACACACUGUAUUUCCCUUCUUAAGCUCGAAAAGGACGCUACCAGCUCCACGGGGUUUAAGGGCAAGGGGCUGGCUUGUGUUUCCUGAGAAAGCUGUGCACCUCCCAGCAGACGGAUGUACUUUGGAAGGCGUGAUUAAAAGUGCACCAUAAAAAGGUUAUAUUUAACCACAGUUUGUGAAAGGAGUGUUUGCCUAUACAGCGUGUGUGUGUUGUGUGAAGGCCUAGCCACCAGGAAGUGAUACACAGCAAAAAUGCGAAUGGGAAAGGCUACGUUUGUGUACACUGUCCACAUUCAAAAUGAGUGCACGGAGCACAAAAUGAGGGGGAAAGUCUCACACUGUCAAUAUCAAGUUGUUAAUGUAUGGUUGUUAUUGCUGCAUAAGCUACAAUUUAGAAACAAAAGUUGAUGGUUGCCUGGUAGCUUCUUUCUAAAACUUUCUAACGGGUUUGUUUCAAUGCUUCUUACUUUUAUAUCUGAAGAUUUAGAAUAAACUCAAUUUA